ACCUAUUUAGCUUUCCCUGUAGCCAGAGCGUGUGUGCCUGUGUGGUAGGUGAAACUCUCUUUUAGUCUGUGUAUGUGUGCCUGUGUGGUAGGUGAAAUGGCCAGUGCUUCAGUGUUUCAGGAUGAGUUCUGCUGUCCUAUCUGUCUGGAUCUGCUGACGGACCCGGUGACUGUUACCUGUGGACACAGUUUCUGUUUGAAGUGUAUUACAGGGUGCUGGGAUCAGGAAGACCAUAAGGGUGUUUACAGCUGCCCCCAGUGCAGAGCAACCUUUACUCCUAGGCCUGCACUGGGGAGAAACACAAUGAUGGCUGAUGUUGUGGAGAAGCUGAGGAAGAUAGAAGUCCAGUCUGAUGCCACGACUCCUUGCUACGCCGGACCAGACGAUGUGGAGUGUGAUUUCUGCACUGGGAGAAAACACAAAGCCAUCAAGUCGUGUCUAACAUGCAUGGGCUCUUACUGUGAGGUUCAUAUCCAGCCUCACAAUGAGGUGGCCUGUCUGAAAAAGCACAAGCUAGUGAAUGCCUCCUCACGGCUACAAGAUAAGCUCUGCUCACAACAUGACAGAAUCAUUGAGGUGUUUUGUCGCACAGAUCAGAAGUUAAUAUGUAUGCUCUGUUCAAUGGACGACCACAACGGACACAAAAUUGUUUCCGCCAUAGCAGAACGAACUGAGAAGCAGAAAGAGUUGUUGGUGAUGAAGAGGGAUAACCAGAUGCAGAUCCAGCAGAAGGAGAAGGAGGUGGAAGAGGUGAAAGGGGCUUUGAAGUCUCUGCAGGCCUCUGCACUAAAAGCUGAUGAGGACACAGAGAGGAUCUUCACUGAGCUGAUCAGCUUCAUGGAGAAAAAACACUCUGAGGUGAAAGAGUCGAUCAGAGCUCAGGAGAAGGCAGAGGUGAGUCGAGCUGAAGGACUCCUGAAGCAGUUGGAGCUGGAGAUCGCUAGGCUAAAGAACAGAGAUGCUGAGAUGGAGCAACUCCAGCCAAUUGAGGACCCCAUUGAUUUCCUUCAGAGUUUCCAGCCACACCUCAACUCCUCAUCUGUGGCUAAGAACCUUCCCAAGGUUACUUUUUAUCCACAGUUCUACUUCAGUAACAUUCCCAAGGUUACUUUUGAAACAAAGUUCUCCUUCAGCGAAGUGAUGAAAUCAGUGUCUCCGUCUCUAAAUGAGAAAACAAAACAGUUCCUCCAGGACAUAUUUAAAGUCACAAGCUUCUUCAAGGGGGACACGGUCAAACUGAAGACUCCUCAGACUGUCUACAAGACUUUACGAUGUAAUAUUAGGUCUGGAUACGGGUACAACGAACACGAUUAUACCAUCACAGUCAGUGGUGUGGGUGAGGUAACAGAGUUUGGGUUCAAGCCUCACCUAUCAGACCCGACGGCUCUCUUCAGGCCCUUCAGCAACACCAGGGUCAGUGUUGAAGACUGA